AUGUUGCCUCCCGUGCCAGAUCCUGCCGAGUUUGGAGUUACAUCCGACUAUGGUUUCCUCUCCCCAGACCUUCCCCUAGAGGUUCUCCCCGAUCCUUAUUAUGCCGAAUGGGAGAUGAUUGUUGGGAAUCUCCAGCCAUUGAUAUUAAGCAAACGCCUACAGUCGAUGGUGGACCAUCUCCCUAUACUCUCUGUCAUACAUUUACGGUCCGAGGCUGAGUGGCGUCGCGCAUAUGUUGUACUGGUGUUCAUACUCCAUGGUUAUGUAUGGGGUGGCGAUUCGCCCACAGAGAGGAUUCCACCUCAACUUACAGUACCCUUAUUCGAAGUCUGUGAACGACUCGAGUUACCCCCCGUUGCCACCUAUGCGGGAGUCUGCCUGUGGAAUUACAAGCCCAUCUUCUCCGACGAGCCAGCCACCAACCUGGAUAACCUAGCUUGCCUACAAACCUUCACUGGAUCUCUAGAUGAACAAUGGUUCUACUUAGUUUCAGUUGCCAUAGAAGCACGUGGGGCUCCUUCUAUUCCCCUGAUGCUUCGGGCUAUCGUGGCGGCCCGCACGGGCAACAGCCAGGUUGUAACCGAGUGCCUGCAGCGACUGGCAGAAACCAUCGAUGAGACCGUCAUGCUGCUGCAAAGGAUGUAUGAAAAUUGUGAUCCAUAUGUCUUCUACAAUCGCAUACGCCCUUACCUAGCUGGAAGUAAAAACAUGUGUGAUGCCGGAUUGCCAAAUGGGCUGCUGUACGACGACGGCCACAAUCCCGAGUACCGACAAUAUGGAGGGGGCAGCAAUGCCCAAAGCUCACUCAUCCAAUUCUUCGACAUUGUCCUCGGAGUGGAACACCGACCAACCGGGACCAGUCGCAGUGAUGAGCAAAGCAAAGGGGACGGUGUCAAAUCACGAAACAGCUUCAUCCACGAAAUGCGUACCUACAUGCCUGGCCCACACCGGCGUUUCCUUGAGCAGAUCGACUCGGUAGCAAACAUCCGCCCUUUUGUCGAGGCCCGACGCGGAGACUCCGCGCUGUGUAUUGCCUACGACGCAUGUCUAGCCAUGCUGCGUGUUCUACGCGAUAAACAUAUCACGAUAGUAUCACGCUAUAUUAUCCUGCAAUCCCGCAGUGCACGCCAGCCUUCUCAAUCUACCAACCCAGCCCCUUCAGCAGUGACGAACCUUGCAAGCGCGGCUCCGACCGACAAGAAGAAGCUGCGGGGUACCGGUGGCACCGCACUCAUUCCGUUCCUGAAGCAAGCUCGAGACGAGACUGGGGAGCCUGCUAUUGAUGCCUGGGCACGACGGUUGCUGACCAAUGGCCCCGUUGACAAGAACUUUGCUUCGCUGAGCAAGGUUGGCGAACAACCAGAUGGUCAUCUCGAGGUUGUCGGUCUCUGUGGUACAUGGACCGCCGAUGAAAAUGAAGGUGGAAUCUGUCACUGGUAG